UGAUUCCAGAAUUUAUCACUCAAGUCAACACUGCACUGGAAAAUCUAAGCAGGAAUAUGAUUCAUCUGUUUGAUGAUAAUCAAUUUGUUGACAUCUCUAAGAAGAUUUACGACACAGUUCAUGACAUUAGAUGUUCAGUUAUGAUGAUUCGGAGCCCAGAGGAGUUAGAAGAUGUAUCUGACCUUGAAGAAGACCAUGAUGUUCACAGUCGCACCAGUAUUCAGACAGAAGGAAAAACUGAUAGGGCAAAGAUGACUCAGUUGCCAGAGGCGGAGAAAGAAAAGAUAGCUGAACAAGUGGCUGAUUUUAAGAAAGUCAAGAGUGAGCUUGAUAAGGAGAUUGAAAUAUGGGAUGACACCAGCAAUGACAUCAUCGUUCUCGCUAAAAGGAUGUGUGUGAUUAUGAUGGAGAUGACAGACUUCACAAGGGGCAGAGGACCACUGAAGAAUACAUCAGAUGUGAUUAAUGCAGCUAAAAUGAUCUCAGAGUCAGGAUCUAGGAUGGAUGUUCUUGCAAGACUCAUUUCUAAUCAGUUAGACAGUGUGACUUCGCUGAUUCAAGCAGCCAAAAACCUGAUGAAUGCUGUGGUGCAGACAGUGAAAAUGUCCUACAUUGCCUCCACAAAGAUUAUCCGAAUUCAAAGUCCUGCUGGCCCACGACAUGCUGUGGUGAUGUGGCGGAUGAAGGCUCCCGAAAAGAAACCUUUGAUUAAGAAAGAGAAGCCCGAGGAAACCUAUGCAGCUGUCAGGAAAGGUUCGGCUAAAAAGAAGAUCCACCCCAUUCAAAUUAUGAGUGAAUUCAGAGGGAGAGAAAUACCCUGAAAUUGUUGUUCUGUUCAUUGCACAGCUUGCCUAGAUGAGGAGGCCGCUGAGAUCAAACCCUUAUUUUUCCCCACUACUUUAAUGCCAUGAAUGCACUAACAUUUCACAUUUGUGAGUUUAACACUGUGUUACAUUAAGUCACUUCAUUUGUAGCUGAUGAAAGAUCUGCAGGUUUUUCUACCCAGUUAAGAGGCGCUUUCAAGCACAUUAUUUUAAACAUUUAACUGUGUUUUUGUAUAUUGAUCACUCACUGGUGUGUUUGGCAUUUCACCAUUUUGCCUAUGACAUAAAAAUAUUGACAUAUGUUGCACUACUAAUCAUAAUAUGCCAG